AUGACGUUUCCUACACGAUCAUCCUCUGGACUUCACUACCCUCCGGUCGGGGGUAGUGUCAACAAUGACGACAACGCAAACUCAGAGGAAACUUGCAAGGUCCAUAUAACGCCACAAACAGAAGAGGCUGUCUCGGGAAUAUACAGGUCCAUCACAAGGCAAUCAGAGGCAUCGGACGACGGAGACUCUUCAUCUACCGAAUUGGAAGAGUAUUUGCGCAAGGAGCAGCAGAACACCACGCGGCCAUUGCCUCUCAGCGUCUGCUUCAAGAACCUCUCAACCUAUGGUCGCCCAGGAGGCUCGGUGCCAGUCAAAACGCUAAGGCAUGCCAUCUGGCGGACACUAACUUUCCAGGAUGUCUAUGAAUGGACCCUGAAGAGAUACAUGUCACCCGCCAAAGUAGAAGACGGCCAUGCCCUGAUCAGAGAUUUUUCUGGCGUGGUAAGAAAUGGCGAAAUGAUGCUUGUUCUCGGAAACCCUGGCUCAGGAUGCAGCACGUUCUUGCGCACCUUAGGCAACGAUCACUCAUCGUUCCUGGGAGUGGGCGGAUUAUUGAGCUACUCGGGUCUGUCCCCACAAGAAAUCUCCAAGCAUUUCCGAGGACUUGUCACAUAUGUGCCAGAAGAAGACAUUCAUCUCCCGACACUCACCGUGCGCCAAACCCUCGAGUUUGCAUUGCAGAAUAAGACCCCGAAGCGAUGGACCCACCGAACCGCCCAGUUUGUGCAGGAGUUCGGCAAAGCAUUUGGCAUGUCCCACGUCAUGGACACUCUGGUAGGCAAUGAAUUCAUCCGGGGGGUGUCGGGUGGAGAAAGAAAGCGUGUUUCGAUCCUCGAAUCACUGGCAUCGGAUGCAUCAGUGAACUGCUGGGACGGGUCAACUCGUGGCCUUGAUGCCGCCUCUGCCCUUGAUUUCAUCAGGUCCUUGAGAAUCAUGACAGAUGCCUGCCAAAGAGCUACAGUCGUAUCUCUCUAUCAGGCAUCAGACGCGAUUUACAAGCUGAUGGACAAGGUCGUGCUCAUUGACGAGGGCAGGAUGUUGUACAACGGCCCAGCGCAGCAAGCAGAAGCAUACUUCAACGAGCUGGGAUAUCUCCGUCUCCCACGACAGACCAUGAGCGACUUCUUGACCAGUGUCACGACCGGUGAUCCCGCUGUCAUUCGCGACAACAACGCUAGCUUGCCGCGCGGUGCCAUCAACCUCGAGCAAGUCUUCCGAUCGAGCCAGGCCUUCAGGGACGUCGAGGCCGAAAUCCAACGGUACGAACUUGACUUGAGGAAGUCUUCCGAGAAAUCUGCCCCGACUCAAGCCGAGAAAAGCACUUCUUUUACUGUUCCCACGAAGCAGAAGAUCCACCAGCACUCGAAGGACAACAAAUCCAGAUUUGUCUCCUCGGAAUCUCCUUACCACACGUCACUCUUCCGCCAGGUCAUUCUCUGUUCCAAACGCGAGUACUGGCAGCUCGUGGGCCACCUGAAUCCUUUCAUUUUCAAGAUGAUUUGUGUCAUCGUGUGCAGCUUUCUCCUGUCUUCCAUGUUUUACAACAUGCCUAAUGACACAGGAGGUGUAUACUCUCGAGGAGGAUUUACUUUCUAUUCUGCUGCUGUCAUUGCUUGGUUCCAAAUGUCCGAGAUGGAGAUAUCGUUCCGUGACAGGAUCAUCGUCAGUCGCCAUAAAAGGUUCGCCAUGGUGCGACCGAGUGCGGUGGUUGUCGGCAAGGCUUUGUUGGACAUUCCAUCGCUUCUAUUGCUUUCCAUCAUAUAUUCGACCAUUUCCUACUUUAUUGCCGGCAUGAGAAUGGAGCCUGGUGCAUUCUUCAUCUUUUUGGCUGCGGUAUUUUUGUGCGCCUAUGCAUUCACCGCCGGGUUCCGGGUAUUCAGUGCUGUUUCGCCGAGUCUUGAGGUUGUGUUCAGAUAUGCAGGUGUAUACCUCCAGAUUGGCAUCGCCUGUGGUGGCUAUGUGAGGCCGCUUGAAAGUCUAAUAUCUGAUGUACCUUGGGUUGGUUGGCUAGCAUACUUGACACCCGUGCCUUACACGUUUGACAUUCUUAUGUCUGCCGAGUUUCAGGGACGGAGCUUCCCGUGCAAUCUAGAUUCACUGAUACCCCACGGGCCAAGCUACGACAAUCCUGAAUUUCAGAGCUGUGCCUCUACAGGAGCCUCUCGCACCGGUGUUCAGGGUGACGACUAUCUUCAAGGUCAAUUCGGCUUCGGUGCCCAGAAUUUCGGGCGCAAUUUUGGCAUUCUAAUUGGGUUCGCUCUUGGUUUCUUGCUUUUCAACAUGUGGUUGGUGGAAAGCCUCGACUGGGCUCAGAAUGGAGGCGCACUUCACGAGUUUGCCUCCUCUAAGAAGAGACGGCAUAUCACGGAGAAAAUCGACGAGGAGAGCACCGAAGAUUUCCGCGUCGAGGAAGAGCCAUCGUCUCAGGAGGAGGCUCCGGAAAAGCUCCACCAUUCUGGGGCCACCUUUUCUUGGCACAACCUCAACUACAGUGUCCCACACAAACAUGGGGAGAAGCAACUGCUGCGAAAUGUUUCGGGAUUUUGCGAGCCUGGCAACUUGACUGCACUUGUUGGGGCCUCUGGUGCUGGCAAGAGUACUCUGCUCACUGUGCUUACCCAGCAAGGACAGGGCAAGCUCUCUGGUGACAUGACUGUGGACGGCCAACCAGUUGGGCCCGCCUUUGGAAGAACAAUAGGCUAUUGCCAGCAGAUGGACAUCCAUAUUGACACAAGCACUGUUAGGGAGGCUUUCGAAUUCUCUGCACUUCUAAGGCAGAGCCAGGAAACCCCCGACGGAGAGAAGCUAGCAUACGUCCACAAGGUGCUCAAGAUCCUCGGUAUGACUGAACUGCAAAACGUGGUCAUUCGUUCGCUGUCAUUGGAGCAGAAGAAGCGCACAACUAUCGGUGUCGAACUGUGUGCAAAGCCUAGCCUUCUAUUGUUCCUGGACGAGCCAACGAGCGGCCUUGAUUCGCAAGGCGCCAUGAAUAUUAUCAGGCUUCUGAGGCGACUCGCAAAUGCUGGUCAAGCCAUUGUUUGCACCAUCCAUCAAGCAAACCAAGAGCAAUUCGACAACUUCGAUCGAGUUUUGGCUCUUGAGAAGGGAGGCAGCGUGUACUACUUCGGUGCGGUGGCAAACGUCAUCCCUUACUUUUCUAGGCACGGUGUCGAUGUCCCAGCGGAGAAGAACGUGGCAGAUCUCUUAAUCGAGGUUGCUGCACGCAAAUCACCGGCCGAGACCCUUCCCAGUUGGUCAAGCUUAUGGGCUGACUCACCCGAGGCCUGUCGAGUCAACGAGAAGGUCGAGAAGAUAAUGAGUCUGAAACCUCAAUCCUCAAGUGGCCGGGCGGCACCUGGCAAAUCCUCCAUCGAACAAGAAUACGCCUCGUCAACUGUGACGCAGAUUUCUCUGUUGACCACGAGAACUUUCAAGCAAUACUGGCGCGCGCCUAAUUACAUCUACUCCCGACUUUACGCUUCCGUCAUCCAUGCCGCUCUUAAUGGCCUGAUCUUCUUACAAGUCAACAACGCAGUUGCGGGGAUGCAAUAUCGCAUUUUCUCGUGCUUCCUGGUGCUGAUGCUUGUGCCCGAAUUCAUCAACGCGUGCGCCUUGAUGUUCGACGAGAACAGAAACGUCUUUCUUGGACGCGAAUACCCGAGCAGAAUCUACGGCUGGGUUGCCUUCUCCACAGCAAACAUCCUUGCCGAAAUUCCUUACGCACUGAUUGGAGCAGUCAUAUUUUACUUGCUCUUCUACCUCCCCGUCGGUUUACCAUUGGGCGUCCCUGCAGUAUACACAUUCAUGAUGAUUGUUAUGUUCCACCUCUUCAUCACGAGCUGGGGCCAAUGGAUCGCUGCCUUGAGCAGUGAUGCUUCAAUGGCGGCAAGCGUCAUGCCCUUCUUCGUCAUCGUCUGUGAGCUCUUCAACGGCGUUCUGCAGCCUCGGGGGCUCAUGCCGGCCGUUUGGCGAUACACAACUUACUACCUCGGACCAUUCACAUACUGGAUUUCAGGAAUUGUCACGAUGAUCUUGCCACAACUGGCAGUGCGGUGCGCUGAAUCUGAGCUGGUUCGGUUCACCCCGCCCUUGAAUACAACCUGCGGCGACUAUGCUGAGGCAUGGUUGGAGGGAGCGAACGGUUAUCUAGCAAACCCAGAUGCUACAUUUGAGUGUGGAUACUGUCUGUACGCCUCGGGAGAAGAAUAUCUUUCGAACCUUGAGCUCAACAGCUCCGUAGCCUGGCCUUACUUCGGGAUAUUUGCCCUAUUCGUUGUGACUAAUUAUCUUUUGGUCUACCUCUGGGUUUACAUCAAGUCUGUCAGGAAUUGGCUACCGUGGUGA